AUGUCAUUAAGGCUAGUAAAUCUCGUUUUCAAAAUCGGAAGUUUACUAGCACUUACACCUGCGAGGAUAGAAAAAAAUCGACUUGUGUUUCCAUCAAAAGCAUAUGCACUACUUUGGAUAAUACUAUUCACUGCAGGAGUCUCAAUUUCAGCUUUUUACAGAAAAGUUUCGUAUGAAAAGUUGACGCCUGUGGUACUCACUAUUCAAGUAGCUACGGACACAGUUUUGUUUGUUCUUAAUAUUUCUACAAUUAUAAUAACAGCCACGAAGAGACAUCAGUGGAACAGAUUUAUCAAUAUUUUGAAAUUUCUUAAAAACAGAAAUGAGAAGGGAGAUUUAUUUUGGUUUUUACCCUUUCUUUUAACAAAUGUUGUUUUCGUAGUAAUCUUUACGUACUACACUUACAAUGUGGUUCCAAUAAUGGGGGUCGAAUUCUUUAAACUGUAUGCAGUGGAAUAUUUUCAAUUUUAUGCUCAGUUAAUUGUUUACUAUUUAAUUUAUGAAUUUUUAAAUCAGAUUCUGAAUGGAUUCAAUGACUUAUCCAAAACUAUGUCCAAACUUUGGAAGAUGCAACCUAACCGAUUACAUAAAUUGUCUUUCAAAAGACUAAAGAGCAAUUUUUGUGCAUUAGCAGAAUGUAUAGAGAUUUUCAACACAACUUUUGGCUGGCUUUUCUUACUAUCGAUGGGAUUCACUGUUCUUCAACUAUUAGGAUUUAUGAACUAUUUACUCUCCGGAAAGUAUAAUUCACUUCCGCUAGUUUCAAUGUUUAUUACAUGGCACAUGAUCGGGACAUUUUUUGGAGUUUUCAUCUGUGACUUAACAGAGCAAAGAGUUAAAGCUAUGCGAAUGGUAGCGUAUCAAACUGCAGUAAAUUUUGAUAAAGAAAAAGAAGUUGAAGAAAUAAGAAAGCUGAUAAAUGUAAUAAACGACAAUUUUCCUCACUUUACAGCUGCUAGAUUUUUCGACCUAAAUCGAAACACGAUUCUUGGCGUUCUUAAUGCUUUGUUUACUUUUUUAAUCGUUGUGAUUCAAUUUGAGAACGUGUACAAUUAA